AUGCUCUUCCCUACAAGGCCUGCUCAUACUUGGCCCCUCUCCACUUGGGACGUCUUUUUGCGCCAAGCCCAAGCGAUUCCAAAAGCAGAUAUCCUGUCAGUCGUAAUGUUCACAAGUUGCCCGUUGCUAAUGGCGCCAGAGGCCAAAGGCAAUUGCCCCGGACAAAUGAUGAAGUUUGCUGCCUUUCAGCACGUUUCUGUCAGGCCUCGUCUGCCUGACCUUUCACCUCAGCCCUCCAUCGGCUGGCCUACUCGUUCACGCCAUACUUAA